AUGCCUCCGUUCCGGUUUACGAUGGAUGAAAAAAAUUCCAUAAACGAUGUCAUAAUAAACUUUGUUCGGGAGCACCCAAUACUGUACGAUAAGUCAUUAAGAUCGUACAAGAAUAACAACGCGAGGAACAAGCUGUGGCAAACACUUGCAGGUGAUCUUAAAAUGGAAGUUAAAGCAAUAACAACGAGAUGGCGGUCUUUAAGGGAUAAGUUUAACAAAGAAACUAAACCGGAAAAGUCCGGUUCAGAUGCGCCCGACAUUCCUAGAUGGGAAUAUUUUGAUUCCAUGUCAUUUUUAAAGGACCAUUUAAUGCACAGAAAAACAAUCAGUAAUUAUAACAUUGAGGAGCAUCCGGAAGAAUUUUUGGAACUUAAUAAUAAUAUCGAUGAGAACGUGGAAGAAGUUUUAGAUAAUUUUCCAAUUUCUGCCAAAAAAAGGAAAAUGUCCGAAGUCGACCAGAAGAUGAACUCGAUUCUGGACAAUUAUUUAAGUAAACCGAAGCUGCGUCACGAUGAAUUUUGUCACUUAUUAAAUGUUAAGCUUAGCUCUCUUCCUUUUGAAGCAGCAAACAAAUUGGAAGCAUCUGUUCUUGAAUUAGUUUACAAUACUGUAAAUGAAUGCAACAAUGAAUAA